GUAAUGUUCCAGAUCUUACCCAGUUUACAAGGAAAUGAUGAGGAGGAUAUCCGAGCUGGAUGCAGCACAGCCAUGAAUGACCUGGUGUACAUCGUCGAUGGCUCCUGGAGUGUAGGCAGCGCUGACUUUGAGACGGCCAAGCGCUGGCUGAUCAACAUCACCAGUGGCUUUGACGUGGGCUCCGAGUACACGCAGGUGGCCGUGGUCCAGUACAGUGACACGCCCCGGCUGGAGAUCGCGUUGGGGGAGCACCGGAGCAACCGGGACCUCGUCCAGGCCAUCCGGGACAUCGGCUACCUGGGUGGCAACACGCAGACGGGCCGCGCCAUCAGGUUCGCCACUGACCACGUCUUUCCGUCCACUCGGCGCUCCCUCACCGCCAAGAACCGCAUCGCCGUGGUGGUGACCGACGGCAAGUCGCAGGACGACGUGGUCGACGCCAGCGUGGAGGCCAAGGCCCAGGACAUCAUCCUGUUCGCUGUGGGCGUGGGCAAUGAGAUCACCAGCUCGGAACUGGUGUCCAUCGCCAACAAGCCCGCCUCGGACUACGUGCUGUACGCCGAGGACUACACCACCAUGGACCGCAUCCGGGACGCCAUGGAGCAGAAGCUGUGUGAGGAGUCUGUGUGCCCAACUCGGAUUCCCGUGGCCUCGAGGGACGAGAAGGGUUUUGAGCUGAUGCUGGGCAUGAAGGUGCACCAGAAGGCCAAGAAGAUCCAAGGCUCUCUGGUUUCAGAGGAAGCCUACCUCCUUAGUGCUAGUGUGGAUAUCACAGAGAACACCAAGGAAAUCUUUCCGGAAGGUCUUCCUCCUUCCUAUGUAUUUGUAGCCACCCUUCGGUUGAAGGCCCCAACCAACCUGGUAAAAUUUGACCUGUGGAGAAUACUGUCCAAAGAUGGCAUCUAUCAGGCUGCAGUCACCCUGAAUGGGGUAGAAAAGUCUCUCACCUUCACCACCACCCACACCAUCAAUGAGGAACAGAUUGUCAUCAUCAGCAACAGUGGCAUCAAGAGACUCUUCAAUGAGGACUGGCACCAGCUGAAGCUCCUGGUGAAGCCCAAGAAUGUUAUCUGUUUCCUGGAUGACGUACAGAUCGCGAAGCACAUCCUGGAGAUGACCAUCCCAAUCUAUAUCAAUGGGAAGACUCAGAUCGCCAAGAAAUUCAAGAAGGAGACCACAGUCCCUAUUGAGUUACAAAAGCUGAGGCUAUACUGUGACCCUCAGCAAAGUGAGAGAGAAACAGCAUGUGAAAUUUAUUCAGUGGAUGAUGAAAGGUGCCCACUGGACCGGGAACCCAGCGUGGAGGACUGUGACUGUCCUGAAGGCAAGCCGGGACCUCCUGGUCUCCCUGGACCAAAGGGCUUCCGGGGUGAGAGUGGGAAGGUUGGACCUCCAGGCCCUGAUGGUAAGCCUGGAAUUCGAGGUGAACCUGGAAUGACAGGAGACGCUGGGCUGCAAGGGGAAAAGGGAGAAGCAGGCCUUACUGGGCCCAAAGGAGAUCCAGGCCUAAAGGGCAGUAAAGGUGACAGAGGAGAGCAGGGCCUGCCAGGGAAACCAGGGCCUCCAGGUCCACAGGGACCAGAUGCUUCACAAUUAAAUCUGGGCACAAUGGGAAUGCCAGGGAAAAAGGGAAGUCAGGGUGAGAAGGGAGAGCCGGGACUUCCUGGUCAGUCUGGACCAAUGGGGAAUCCGGGAGUUCCUGGUAAAGAUGGGUCUACUGGACCAGUGGGACAGAAGGGUGAGAAAGGAGAGACCAGUGAGCCAGGUGUUAAUGGACAGAGAGGACUUCCAGGAUACCGGGGUUAUCCAGGGGAGCCUGGGCCAAUGGGACCUCAGGGGGAUAAAGGGACGCAAGGACACAAAGGAUCCGAAGGCAGAAAAGGACCUCCGGGGAUCCAGGGCCCCCUGGGUCCACCAGGACUUGAUGGACUCAAAGGCCCAAAGGGCAGCCCAGGGGAGCGUGGGGCCGCCGGAUUUCCUGGCCCGCCGGGACCCGGGGGUUCUCAGGGAGAGCCGGGGGAGCAGGGAAUACCAGGUGCUAUGGGGAUGCCAGGUUUUAAAGGACAGAAGGGUGAGAUGGGAGAAACUGGCCCCAAGGGAAGUCAGGGCGACCGCGGCGGUGAGGGAGUUCCUGGGGCCCCCGGCACUCCAGGCGAAGCUGGGCUCAGGGGAAGCAAAGGAGAGAAAGGCACAUCAGGUGACAUGGGAGUCAGAGGGCCUGAUGGGAAGACGGGGGACAUGGGCCCACCCGGAGGCACUGGCUUGCGUGGCCCCCCAGGCCAAGAUGGGCUCCCGGGGCAGCCUGGUGUGCCUGGAUAUCCAGGGAAGCCUGGAAAGCCUCCUUCAGAUGAACACUUGAUGAAGCUUUGCAGCAAUGUGCUGCGGAAUCAGCUACCUCAGCUGCUGCAGAUUAUGGCACCGAGUAGCUGCCCUUCGUGUGAAACAGUUCGGGGCCCCCCAGGUGAACCUGGGGCUCCAGGUCCCACGGGACCUACUGGCCCUGCAGGGUACCCUGGCAGGGCUGGCUCUCAAGGAUACCCUGGGUCCCCUGGCAUGCAGGGGCCUCGGGGAACCAAAGGUGAUACUGGGCCAAGGGGACUCAAGGGUUCCAAAGGAGAUAGUCAUAUAGGACAGCCAGGCCCACCGGGACCAAUAGGCCUUCAGGGCCCCCACGGCAGAGACGGGGAAGGUCUUCCGGGGCUCACCGGUAUUCCUGGGAAGGCCGGAAUGCCUGGUACCCCGGGAAAGAGGGGCCCGCCUGGCCAAGCAGGGGUGUGUGACAUGUCCGUGUGCUACCAGGCCUACAACCUCAGGGAGAACCAAUUCAGCAAAGGGCCCAACUUCUAAGUGACUGCAGGUGAACUAAGGAUGGUCAAGACUGGUGCCAGUUCCCACUUGAACUGGGAGGUAAGGAGACAUGGACCAGUGAAUCCCUGGAUGGUGCGUGCAGUCCACCAAGCACCAGGAAACAUUUGGCUCAGGUUGACAGAAACAAGUGGAGAACUGUGUUGCAGCAUUCAGAGAGGCAAGAUGGUUUUGCUCAUGUACAUAGUUAAACCUAGUGCACUGCCUUAGUUAAGCUACCUCCAUGCUAGAAACAAGGUAUUACAUCUUACAGCAAGUCAUUUACUGUAGUGUUUUUUUUUCCUUCAGUUGACUGAACUGACUUAUUUUCAUUCAGAUUGUACUGUAUCAAGCCAAUCAAGUGACAACCACGUGUAUUCAUUUUUACUUUUUCCAUAAAAAAUGUAUUUACAGCAGGAAAAAAUGAACAUCUUUGAUGCGAUUUCCUGAAAUUGAAAUGGAUGUUUUACAUGCAGCUUUCUUUUGGAAUUUUACAAGAGGCUUAAAUAUCUGUAACAUAUCCAAAUUAAUUCAGGCCAAACGACCAAUCAGUGUUUUUACAAUAAUAGUCUAAUCAUAUCACCAUUUCUGAAUUGCACAGUGAGUUUGGGAUGAAGUUCGUACUCAGGAAUGAGGCUCAAGUUGAAACGUGCCCUCAAGUAAAAUUUCACAUUGAAAGAAUAAGGCAUUGAUGUUAUAGCAUCUAACCCAAAUCCAAAGGUUUAUCGCUCCACUGCUUUAAGUAACCAAAACUAUACCACUUCUUGCCAUAUCUCUGCUAUUAACUGAUGACUUAUACAGUUAUUUCAGAAAGAGGAAUAUCAUAGGCUCUUCAUUCUCAAACAGCACUGGUGGAAGCCAAUUUGUUUUUCCCUGUUGUCUUUACUUACUACUUAUAUAAAAUAUAUAUUACUGCAUAUAUAAAACUGGUAGACUCUAAACAGGAAAUGCCUAUAGAUUUGUAUGUUUGUUUGUGCCAGUCCUAUUUAAAGCUUUCAUUUGAUCUCCUUUUUCAUUCUAUCUGGCAAUGGUAUUACAGUGUGCUCUUCAGUGUUUCUGAAAUCAGUUUUAAACCAGCAUGAAGGUGUUAAGUUUGUUAUGUAUCAAUGCAUUUCAUUGUAUUACAUUUCACUACUCUUGAUAGGAUCUCAGUUAUUCUCUCUAUGACUUCCACAUAAUUUCCAUUAUCAAUUUGAGUCUUAUCACCAUUUAUGAUUCAUAAUGUUACAUACUGUAAGCAAACCUCUCUCUGCAAAGAUUAAGUUGCUUUCCUUUUUAAUACAACUAACUACAGAAAUUCCUAUACAUCACUUAUGAGCAACUAACUGCUGAAAUUUUUAAGCAACAAUUAUAACAAUACAACUGCGAUUAUUUGGCAUUGACUGGAGCUGCUUUAAAUUUCAAACUGUGCGUCAUAAACCAAAUUAGCUGUUGUCAUGAACAGGGCUAUUUCAGCACAAAUCUAAAAUGAGAAAUGACCCUACCUUCAAACUGUCAAUCAAGGAAGCAAAGGUAGGUUUUUUAAAUAGAAUUACAUACUGCCAAUUAACACUUCACCGAACACACUGAAUUAUAUAAUCAUAAAAGCAGAAUGCACAAAAUGUAAUAAUUCUUAUAAAAGCCUUAAAACUUUUAUGUACAUAAACAACAGUUUAAGAGUAGAAUUUAUGACAAAGGUAAAUACUUUAUACUGACAUGGUCAAGAUUUAAGAAAUUUGUUUAAUCUAGUUAGGUCCACUUUAUGGGGUUAGAAGAGCAUUUGGACUAUCCAGGGUGUAGCAGAUGUCCUACUAUCCAACAGCACAUGCUGUUUGAGUCACUUCAUAUUCACAGUCAUAGGACUCCCACACUCGCCUGGGACCAGGCUACAUUGCAGUCUGGUGUUGCAACUGAAAGGCACAACCCAAAAUGGAGGUAUUCUGACAUCUUAGCUUUUGCUUAGAUACCCUUCUUCCUAGCCAAGAAGCCUGUGACUGAACAAUGUGGCAGACUGCACGGGGGUCUCUGGUGACUACGUAGUAAUAAUGUCAGUGUUAAUACAACUCUGAUGGAGUGCAAUGCACUUUGAAAGUGCAUUUGAUCCUUAGACUGUUUUAGAGUUCAGUUAAAAUGACAUUAGCUAAAUAUGGCCACCAGGGGUGGACACAGCUAACCAAAACAACUAGCUACCUUGCUUGCAGGUUACAUAGUCACAGUAACUAAGAACAUUUUAAGUUGAACAAAAGGAUUGAAUGACUACAAAAUAAAAGGAGUAAACUGGAUUAGAAACCAUGUUGUAGCAUCCAUGCAAAAACAGGUCCUUAACAGGAUUAGCCUCCCAGAAACCCUAAAUCAUGCACAUUAAAAGAUAAAUUAAAUGUUUGAAUAACACAUUGAGGGCAUUAUAUCCAUGUUCACUCAUACCUACUGUACAUUGUGAUAUUUAAUUGUGGUAGUUCAUAAGCUUGAUUAUUUUAUGAUAAUGGUGUUUCAUAGACUUUGAUUAUUUCAGGAUAGAAGUUUCAAUAGACUUUGAAUGUGUUUUGUCACAUUUGGUGCUAUAUUGUCAAUUUUUUUUUUUUCAUGUAAUGAAAAAAUUAUUUUUCAUGUAAUGAACAAAUGGUCAAAAUAAAUAUCCAUUGAUUUAAUAAACAGUUUUAAUGUUACCAAUUUUAUUGUUUACUAUACUGUAUAGUAUGGUGCCAGGAAGGGAAUUAGGGUGUUACCCACCAGGGGGCAGCACCGGUCCUACAGACAGGUAUGGCCACAGCUCUGAUUAAUUAUAAUCACAUCAGCUGUGGCCUAGUACCUAAUCAUGGGCUCCCAGGCCUAGAGGGUAGCAUUUGG